GACCCCUCGUACGUACAGUACGGUACUCGUACGUAGCGGGGGUCCGGAACGGCCCAAGUGCCGCCCCGUGCCGGAGGCAGGGAGGGGGACCGGAGGUUCGUUCAAGAUUUUUUCGAACCGAAAACCUCCAUGCAAGCCCAUCCCACCGCACCGCAUCGUAUCGUAUGGGGGACGCCACCGUACGACUCGGCACCGGCCAAAAAAUUCGAACCGGAUCCCGGACAGGGACACGCCUACACGAGCCGCCGCCUUCUCCAAAUUGCAUUCGAAGCGAAUCGCAUUUCGAAUCGAACACUGCGGGUGCGUACGAUACGAUACGAGUGUACGUACCAUACUGCGGUGUAGGGAGGUAUGCGCCGGGUGUCACCAAGAAACCGAAACGAGACGUGCAACAAAUCGAUACGAAAAAACACGAAACGAAACGAGACGUGCAAGGAACAAGCGACGACACCGAAGACGAACACCUCGGGAAGAUGCGAUACCAAACGAGACGAGACGAUGCGAUGCCGGCACCGGACCACCCGUCGCGGGCAGCAGGGAAUGCAACGAGUGAGUGAGUGUGUGACUGCAAUGCAAUGCAAUGCAAUGCAAUGCAAUGCGCAUCCUCUUCUGUCGCACAGCACCGCACAGCACCCUGCCCAACACGGCCUCUCGGAGCCCCCACGGGGGUUGUUGGGCCGGAGGCCGCCCACCGAUGCGGCGAGAAACGGGACGGGCGGGCGGCCCCGUCGUUCCAAAUUCCGGUGCGAUGGAAUGGGAUGGUUUGGUUUGGGAUGGGAUGGCUCCCGGACAACACAACACAACACAGCGCAGCGCAGCGCAGCGCAGCGCACCCGGCGGCGGUUCCACGGAACAAUCGCCGCGAGAGGCCGGGGAGGCAAGCGAUCGAACCCAUCCCGCCGGAGGCGAGGGGGAACAAACAAGCACCCUGUUUGCGGGCCGCACGCCGGUUCUGCCCCGGACAAAAGGGGGAAGAGGAGGUUCUUCCGCAGCGCAACGAAACGGAAGGGAAGGGAACGGAGGAGGAAUCAAUGAUUCGAAAGAAACACAAAGGCCAACACGAUGCAACCACCGCACCAAAGCCGAGGCACAAAAGGCCAUGUGCUUCCGCCACAAGGGUCGCUGCGGGCACCAGAAACGAUGUUCGAUUCGUGGUCGAGAGGCCGUACGCUGCGGCACGAUAGAACAGGGCAAAACAGAAUAGAAUGGAACAGAACAGAACAGAACAGAACAGAAUAGAAUACAAUAGAAUACAACCAAACGU